AUGUGGUGGUUGCUGACACAAUAUUUUGGUCUUCGUGGACGACAGGAGCAUCACGGCAUGAAAGUUGAAGACUUCACAAUUGGCAAAGACAACGACGGACUCGAGCACGUUGAAUACAUCGAACGUCCCACCAAAACAAGAAAUGGAAGCUUGUCGAAAAAGUCGACAGAUUUCCUGCCCAAGAUGUAUGCUACAGGUGAUGAAAGAUGUCCUGUUGCUCUGUUCCUCGAUCGUGAAAGUAACUGGUCACCGCAACUUGCAAUCGCUCGACGAUUAUAUGAUGGAGACGAACAAGAACAGCAGCAAAUGUCUUCCAGGAUAUCAUGGAGAAAUAGUCCGCAACGAUGGGGCAUGCACUUCAAGCCUGGCAAAAGUGGCAAUGCAACAACAGCAAGCCUUUCUUGCUGA